CGCUUCUCCCACACGUCAAUGCAUGAAGGAAUUGUGGUUAGCCACCAACCCUAGUUUUCCUUAGUGCGAGUUCGUCGUGUCUGUGACUCUGUAGCCUGUAAAUAUCGCAGAUCUUUGAGAAGAGCUUAACAAUUCCACCACGCUUAUGGUUCCGCCGCAACGCGAUCAUUACAAUAAUACGAUUAAUUUAAUACUCAGUGGGUUCAGUUCGUUGGCAAUGGAGCUCGCUAAUGCCCUCAUUAAUGGCGAAAGUAACGCCCCAUUUCAAUUGGGACACGUUGUCAACGAGUUCCCAUUUAUUCCAAGACCCUUAACUUGAAAGAGGGGCCAAACAGGCGACUAAAUAUUACCUAAUUUAUCCACUCUCUUCAGUCUUCACCAACUCUCUGAGCUGCGAUUUUAGGGUUUGAAGAGAGAAGCGAGAAGAAAUGAAGGUACCCAGAAGGCCGAUUCAUGCUAUUACGCUAUGGGUUCGGCGGCAACCCCUGAAGAUGAAAGCGUUUUUGGGAGUUUUAUCGACGAUUAUCUCUCUUGUUCUUCUUUAUGUGAUGGUUCACGAUCAUAACAAACUCUUUGUGGCCGCUGAGGCUGUUCAUGCCAUCGGAAUUGCUGUUCUUAUUUAUAAGCUCAUGAAGGAGAGGAGUUGUGCAGGUCUUUCGCUUAAAUCCCAGGAAUUAACGGCUUGUUUUCUAGCUGCUAGGCUGUAUUGCAGCUUUGUGAUUGAAUAUGAUGUGCACACAUUUCUUGACUUGGCUACCUUAAUAGCAACGCUUUGGGUUAUUUACAUGAUUCGUUUUAAGCUCAAAGCUAGCUACAUGGGAGAAAAGGAUAAUUUUAAAGUUCUAUACUUGGUGGUACCAUGUAUUUUACUCUCCAUUAUGAUUCAUCCAACACCUGCAAGAGUUUCUUUCUUACAAAGAAUUUUCUGGGCGUUUUGUGUUUACCUUGAAGCUGUUUCUGUUCUACCUCAGUUGCGAGUCAUGCAGAACAUCAAGAUCGUUGAGCCAUUCACUGGAAACUAUGUAUUUGCGUUGGGAGUUGCCAGGUUCUUGAGCUGUGCACAUUGGGUUCUUCAGAUGGUAGCAACUCGUGGGGGGCUGCUCGUAUCGUUGGGAACUGGAUUUUGGCCACCUAUGGUUCUCCUUGCAGAAAUUGUCCAAACUUUUGUUCUUGCAGAUUUUUGUUAUUACUAUGUCAAAAGUGUUCUUGGUGGUCAGCUCGUCGUACGCCUCCCUGCUGGAGUAGUCUAAGAUUGAAAUGGUGCCAGAGGUGGCUGCCUGUCGUCGCCGUUGUGUGAACGGCGGUGGUGAUUUCUGUACAUGUUUUUAAUCUUAUAGUGAACGUUGUGACUGAACUGGAAAAAAAAUGCUCCCUAAACCGGUGCUUGUGCAUCCUAGAUUUUGUGACAAAAAUAAUAAAGGAUGCUAUUGACAU